AUGUUUCUUUCAUUUCAUGUGUUGUUGUAUUGUAGUUGACAAGCAACCUCAAAAAACUCAAAACAUUAAUAGUAAACAUAAUUGUUAUAAUUUUAUUCUGUAGACAAAUAUAAUGAUUCAAAUCCUUAUCACAUUUGUGUUUUUUAGACCGUGUAGAUUUCUCAGAUUUUUUAAUAUUGAUCAUGUGAAUUGUUUGUGCGUUGUACAGUUUGAUAUAUUGAUUUGAUAGAUUUGAUAUACAGUUUAUUAAUAAUGAUACCGUCAAAUACAAUAUGCGUGUCCCAGGAGGGGCCGGCAAACGCAUUGGCUCUCAAUAAAGAUUGUUCACAAGUUGUGAUUGCUGGACGCAAUGUAUUCAAAGUGUUUUCAAUCGGAGAAAAUGAUUUCUCCGAAGUUUGUAACUUGAGAGUUGGGAAAAAUUUAAAUUUGAAUUUUUCAUCCAUUGAUGUUGCCUGGAGUACUAUUGAAGAGAACACCCUCGCAACUGCAGCCACCAAUGGAGCGGUAGUGGUGUGGAACCUCGGCCGCUCUGGCCGCUCCAAGCAGGAACAUGUCUUCUCUGACCAUAAGAGGACUGUUAACAAGGUGAGCUUCCACCUGACAGAGCCAGCACUGCUGAUAUCCGGCUCACAAGAUGGCAUGAUGAAGUGCUUCGACCUGCGCAUGAAGGAAGUCGCCAGGACAUUCAUAAGCAACACAGAAUCGAUCCGCGACGUGCAGUUCAGCCCGCACCAGGCGCACACGUUCGCGGCGGUGUCGGAGAACGGCAACGUGCAGCUGUGGGACGUGCGCCGCCACGAGCGCUGCCUCAUGCAGUUCACGGCGCACUCCGGACCUGUCUUCGCAUGCGACUGGCACCCUGAGCAGCCCUGGCUCGCUACUGCUUCCAGGGAUAAAACUAUAAAGGUGUGGGACACCAUUGACAGAAAGCCGAAUUUGGAGCACACCAUCUACACCAUAGCAUCUGUCGGACAUGUCAAGUGGAGGCCGCAGAAAACGUACCAGGUAGCGUCGUGUGCGCUAGUGCUGGACUGCGCGGUCCACGUGUGGGACGUGCGCCGCCCCCACGUGCCGCUGGCCACCUUCGCGGAGCACCGGGACGUCACCACCGCCAUCGCGUGGCUCGCCGACCCACACACCUUCCUGUCCACUAGCAGGGACUGCAGCCUGUACCGGCACCGGUUCAGCGAGGCGGCGCACCCCGUGCUGUGGGCCAACCCGCACGGCGUGUGCGUGUCGGCGCGCGGGGACCUGGCGCACGCCGCGCCCGAGCGCCCGCUGCCCGCGCUGCCCGCGCGCUGCCGCCCCGCGCCCGCCGAGCGGCACCUGCCCGGCCUCGGUCGCAAGCAGCCGACGGCGGGGUCUCUGUCGGCGGGGGCGCAGGCCGCCCUGGAGCGCGCCUUCCCCGGGGGCGCGUCGUCCACCCUGCUCCGCUACAGCGCGCCCCCCCACAACGCGCUGCUGCAGUGCGCCGCCCACUACCGCAUGCGGGGCGCGCCCCCGCACGUGCUCGCGGAACAUAACGCCAACGUCGCGCGGGCCAACAACCGACACAUGGUGAGCCACGUGUGGGAGGUGGUGCGCUGCGUGUACGAGGCGCGCGCGGCGGGGCGCGGCAGCCCGGCGCCCCCCCGCAGCAAGGAGCCCCCGCGCCCCGAGCCCCCGCCACUGCCGCCCUACACGCACACCUACAAUAGCGCAGUAGAGGAGGAGCCGCUGGAGGAAGUGGAGGAGUGGGCGGAGACACAGUUCCACAACAGCGGGGUGCUGGGCAAGCCCACGCUCAGUAUCUACAUCCCGCCCAGCAAGCCCUCCAAGCACGCGCGCUCGCUAGACGAUGAAAACACAGGCUGGGUGUCGGCCGCAUCAGCUCACUACGUAGAUGUAGACGCAGCAGACUGGACUCUACCAGAGGAGGCCUUCCCUCUCCGCAGCGCGCCCCCGCCCCCGCACGCACUGGGGGCGCACACUACACCCGCGCCCACCGCGCCCCCGCACACACUGCGACAUGAUGACAAGGAUCACACAGUAGUCCCCCGCAGUGGCGGCGGCACGUCCCCGGGCGGCAGCUCGUCCCCGGGCAGCGGCUCCAGCGGGUCCAGCGGCUCGGCCUGCACCGCGCCGCCCAACCUCGACCACUCCGGGUACCACCAUCACAGCAACAUGCACAUGGAGGAAGGUGGGGAGGGUUGCGAUGGUGGGUUGGCCAUCCGAGUGGGCGACAAUCGCAGCCCACAGCUGGACGUGGCCCCACUGCUGGCCGCGGCACUGCGCCAGCACGCGGACCUGGGGGACGUACAGACUCCAGCCGUAGUGAUGCUGGUGUUGCAGGAUCACAGGAGCGACCUGUUCCCGUACAUCGAGGAGAGCCUGCAGGAGCACUGGCUGCUCGGCUACAUCGAGCUGCUGCAGCGACACAAGCUCUGGAACAUCGCCACCGAGGUGGUGCGCAGUGCGUGGAUCAGCUCGGUGUGGGUGGUGUCGCAGCAGUCCACCAGCGUGGCGCUGUGCUGCGGGCGCUGCGGGCGCCGCUGGAGGCGCGCCGCCUGCGACUGCGCGGGGGCGCGGGCGGCGGGGCGCGGGGGCGCGGCCGUGUGCGCGGUGUGCCGGCGCGUGGUGCGCGGGCUGUACGCGUGGUGCCAGGGCUGCGGCCACGGCGGGCACCUGCAGCACAUGCGCGCCUGGCUGCAGCGCCACCAGCUGUGCCCCGCCGGCUGCGCGCACCGCUGCCAGCUCGCCUGACGCCAGUUGCCAGCUCGCGGGACCGCUGCGCGCGCCAUCUACGCAUAGCUGCCCGCCACUGCGAUCGCAUCUCGUUCCUACAUACUAAUCUUUAAGAACAAACGUAUAAUCAUUUGUUACGAUCAUGAAUAAUCACAAGAAAUAUUACCUCAUGUGAGCGCCUCUGUAUCCGAGUUACGUCCAGUUUGUAAAAUCAGUUGAAUGUAUUGUAACGCCUAGUCGAUCUCUAGUCGUUAUUAUAAAGACCUGCUAGCAAUGAAUAACAUGUGAUACAAACUAUUUUCAAUCUUUAUGCCAGUUAAACUAAACAGUUAACUAAAAUCACGACACAAUCUCUAAUUUUAAUCAAUAGGUCGGAGGAUUCUUAUAAAAAGACAGCUUCUUCAACAAUGACAAACAAUACGUACCAUAGUGAACAUACUCAUACAUUACCUGUAGUACUUAAUUUUUCAAAAUAUAUUUAUCUAUUAAGAAUAAUUUCUGCAAAUGUUUAAUUAUGUACAAUGUUUUAAAGAAGGUGUACCAAUAAGCGAUGCCUUUAUAUACGCGUAUUUUGUGAUGUUGAUAUGUUUAUAUUUUUGUUUUAAUGUAAAUAGUUACGAAUGACAAGAAUCAAUGUGUAUUCAUAGACUGAUUUAAUGAUAAUCUUGUAUAUUUUUAUAAUUGAAUAAAAUAAAUAAUAAAACGAUACUUUUUUACACAA